GUGGGUGCAUCAUUUUCUUUGCUGCUCGGAGCCUAGACCAACUCCUCUCCUCGAUAUAGACAAGUAUUUCCAAUGGAUUGGUUAUGUUCAGGGGUACUCGCUCUCAACAGAAAUUCGGUUGAAUUUACGGCUUAUGGCAGGCCUUUAAAUUUCGAUAUAAUUUAAAUAAAUCGGAAAUGUUUCAUCACACAAAUCUAGUAGGUGUAUGUGUCGUAGUCUUAGCCCCCGUUCGUUUUACCUAUCAACCAGGAAGGACUUUUCGUGUUUCGUAUAUAAAUAUGUUUCGGAAGAUUAUAGAGCCAAAUCGACUGCCCGGGCUGACGCAAUGGAGACGGUCAUUUGUUGCAGGCAAGAAUGAUCCUCCAAAGUCAUGCCUGACGAAUGAGAAGACGACCUUCGGUCCGCUGAACGACUGCGACCGCGUCUUUCAGAACUUGUACGGACGCCACGAUUGGCGCCUCAAAGGCGCCUGCAAACGAGUGGACUGGUACCACACCGCUGUGCUGCUUGAGAAGGCGUCCGACUGUAUAAUGGAGCAGGUGUGCCAGAGCGGGCUUCGCGGACGAGGAGGCGGCGGCUUCUUCUGCGGGAACAAGUGGAACUUCCUUCGCUCUGCCGAGUCCAAGCAGGACAAGGUCCUCGUCAUGAACUGCGCCGAGGGCGAGACGGGGAAGUGCAAGGACCGCGAGAUCAUUCGCCAUGAGCCGCACAAGAUAAUUGAGGGCUGCCUCCUGGCCGGCUUUGCUAUGGGCUGUAAUCAGGCCAUCAUCUAUGUGAGGAACCGCUUCUACAAUGAGGCGUGCAAUCUGCAGUUCGCCGUGGCCGAGGCGUAUCGCUACGGACUGCUCGGCCCCAGCGCCUGCGACACGGGCAUCAAGUUCGACAUCCUGGUGCAGCGAGGGGAUCGCUACCUCUGCGGCGAGGAGACGGCGCUGGUUAAGUGCCUGAUGGGCAAGAUCGGGAGGCCGCGCAGGCGACCGCCCUUUCUCACCGAGCAGGGAUACUUCUCGCAUCCCUGCGUGGUGAUUAAUGCGGAGUCCAUUGCAGUGCUGCCCACAAUCCUGCGCCGAGGAGCCUCGUGGUGGGCCGACCUGGGGCGCUCCUAAAACUCGGGCACCAAGCUCUUCAACAUAAGCGGACAGGUGAACAGUCCCUGCACCGUCGAGGAGGAGAUGUCGAUGCCUAUGCGCGAUCUCAUCGAAAAGCACGCGGGAGGAGUGCGCGGCGGCUGGGACAAUCUGCUGGCCAUCUUCCCCGGCGGCCUCUCCACCCCUCUGAUCAACAAGCAGGUUGCCGGUGUAGUAGCCAGCACAAAAAUAUAGGGAAUUGGUUAUCUUCUUUCGUCUCGUGAGACCC